AUGUGUGCAGAUCUGAACAAGAACCAUAAACACCCGAAUAUGGCCAGGAAUGUAGAUGGAGGAGUACGGGACAGUCCUAUAAAUGGGCCACUGUAUAUGCAAGAUGCAGAUAAUUUAUCUCAUAUACUCAUUCAGUUUAAAGAGUAUAAACGGACUACUUUAGAUGGGAAUAUUCUCUUAGAUAAUAUUUCACUGUUUAUACCGGAGAAUAAGCUUAUUGCUGUUAUAGGACCAAAUAAUAAUGAGAAGUCAUAUAUGUUAGAAAGUAUUGCUGGUAUGUGCACUCCUUCAGAUAUAACGCAUAGUAAUGUAUAUGUUAGGGACAGGACUAGUAAUACGCUUAUAAUAAGAAGGAGUAAGAACUGGUUACACAGAGUUAAUUAUAUCCUGUCAGAUAUAACCAGAAAUACUUCUAAUGCCAUUUCCGUAUUUAAUUCACUCCUAUUCCUUGCAAAGUGUCAUGGUAAGACAGAAUAUGACGUAAAUGAAUAUUUAUCGAUGACAGGUCUUAUACAGUCAAAAGAUCUCUUAUUAAAUGAAAUGACAGAUGAAGAAAAACAGAAGUUUCUGUUUAUACAUGGAAUGCUUGGGUUAAAUGAAGUGAAUGUAUGGGAUGGUGUGUUAUCAGGUAUAAACUUAGAAACAGAUAUAAAUAUUAUAUCUGCCAUUAAACUGACAAAUUGUAGUAAUAUAGUGCGAGUAGAUAGAGUAUCACAGGAAGUACUAAAUGUAUUUGAUUAUGUGAUUAUUAUGUACAAAACAUCUAUUAUAUACUUUGGCAGUCCAUUACAAGUACAGAAUUAUUUCACUGAAGGGGGAGUAUGCUUUCCCGUGGAAAAGUAUUCUAUAGAAUAUCUUAUAGAGGUAUUACAGAACAAGUAUCAUAAUUCUAUUUCUAAUGAGAAUAUUCUAGUAAUUAAUAAUAUCUGUAUAAGAAACAAUGAGGCAGCUAAUAAUGACCAGAUAGACAAAGCACCAGUAAAGCACAGAAAUACAUUAUUCCUUUGGUCACAAGUGAAAGUAUCCUUUCCUCGGUGUAAAGAAGUCAUACGGAAUAUAAUUCUUACACCUGUGAAUAUGGAUGCAUAUGCGUAUAUCUCAGGAAUAGUAAUUGCGAUGUUUGCAGUGUACUUUGUAUGGGGGUAUAUGUGUUUGUUUAAGUUAUACAGUAAAGUCACAGAAAAUAUGAAUGACAGUAUAUACAAAUACACCGCAGGCAGUUCAUCUCUUCAGUUUCCAAAUAUAUUCCGAUUAAUUAAACAGAAGCUAUUGGAAAAAAAUAGUGAUGAUACAGAAUUUAUAGAAAUAAUCACAGAUAUGCACAGAGUAUCUGCAAAUCAUGGAUUUAUUUCUAUUCUUACGUAUCUGUUUUAUUUUCUGUUUAUUUUUGGUGGAUGUAUCCAGUGCAUCGGCUGUCCUGUAUUUUAUUCAGAUAUACAUUUUUAUACAACCAGAAGAUCUCAAGUACGCUCAAAUCAAUUCACAGUGGCCGAACUUAUAAUUGCACAGAUGUGUGAUGUUCUUCUGUGCAGAGCACUCCCCUUUUUUAUUCUGACAGUAUUGGCAUAUUUUAGUGUUUAUUGGUGCAUAGACUCAAAUUUAGUAAAUGCAUCAACAAUUGGCCAUGCACUGCCCAUUACUAUUUUGUUUAUGUGCUGUAGUUUAAUAGCUCUACACGGAACUAUACUGCAGUUUCUUUUGACUUCUUUUAAAAAGUAUGUAUGCAUAACUGUACUCUACCAAAUUGUAGUAAAUGUGAUUCCUUUGCUGGUGAUUUACUUAUUUAAAGCACCAAAUGAAACAUUACAACUUGAUUAUUUUUCCUGUGCACUUCUCAUAUUUAAAUCUACAAGUCUAAUGGACACUCUAUCCUCAGUAAGUAAUUACUAUAGCCCUGGUUGGACAUGUACAUUUAUGUGGGGAUUGUCUUACGCAUGCCUUUACAUAAUGAAGAUUGUCAUACAGAUAGUUAGUCCUGUAUUGCAAUUUUCACAUGUUUUAGAGCACAUUCUGCUAUACACAAACAAAUUCACAGUUAGACCAGAAACAGCAAAUUCUGUUAGUGAAGCACACUUAAAAAUGCUAAAAACAGAAAUUCUUGCACUUAUAAUACCCAAUAACACUUCAUCUGGAAACAAACUAGAUCCAGAGUACAAAGAGUACUUAAUCAGUAGAUACGCCGACUUUAGCCAGUUUAAUGCACACACAGCUCAAAUUCUUGGUAAGACUACACCACAUGAACCAUUUGAAAUAUCAUCUAUUUCACUUAAGAACAUGUCAUUGCUUUAUUUAGUAUGGAGUACUCUACGUGCAUGGAUAUUUGCUAUACUUGUUUUUUCUAUAUCCAUAGUAUUUGCAUAUAAAUACUUCCUGCCUAAAUCCAGAGGAUAA